UUCUCUUCUCUUCUCUCUGUUCUCUGCAACAAAAAGUAAUAAUACAAAAAUAUAAAAAUAAAAAAUAAAAAAUAAAAAAAAUGAGAAUGAGAGUGUGAAAAUGAUAACAGAAUCCACAACCACCACAACAACAGUAACGGCCACCGCCACGCGCUGACGCGUGAGGAAGAAGAACAACAGCAACAACCAGCAGAGGCUUAUGGCAAUGGACACUUUUCCUUGUUCUUCGAAGCGACCGUGUCCUUCUUCGUCGCAGGAGCAGAACAACGCUAGGGUUGUUCAGGGUCUGGAUCACGUGGAGCAGGUGCUCCAUAAGUUCCUGUGCCUCGACGAUGACGACUCAACUUCUUCUUCUCCUUCUCCGUCGUCGCCGUGUUCUUCGAUCUCUUUGGAUCUGUCGCUGGAGAAGCUUCUGGAAUCUUCUGCGUCAGAUGCGGAUCGAACGGUGCUCAUCGACCGCGCCCUCAGGAUGGGAUCGAUGCUCCUCGACGCAGCGAAGCACUCCUCCAGGAAGCGGGCUUCGAAGCACAACUCACUCGCUUGGCCACUCCCUCCGGACCUCACUAUCAAGGUCUUCUCGAUGCUUGAAACCCAGAGUCUGUGUCAUGCAUCAGCUACUUGUUCAUUGUUUAACAAAUGUGCUAAAGAUCCUUUGUGCUAUGCAAACCUUGAUUUGACAUCAAGGGUUCCAAAGAUUAACAAUUCAGUAGUUUCCACGAUGAUUCAGCGAGCGGGAAAUGCACUAAGGUCUCUUAAGCUUGGUGUGAUCCCUUGUGCUACUCCCUCGCCUGGAUCCUGUCAACCAUUGGUUUAUACCAACAGAAAUUCUAUUGUAGAGGUAUCUAACUUCUCUUGGAAUGAUAAGAGAUCUCGACAAGGGAGAGAAUCUUCCAUUCUUACAAGAUCAUGUCUAAGCCCUUUAAGUAGGGAUGGUGGUGCUCCAGGGAUUCUUUUGAGAAAGUUGUAUUUGUACAAUAUUGAAAGGAUGGAUAAUGCAUCUCUUGGUCAAGCCUUAUCGGCGUGCCCCUCUCUCCUUGAUCUGGAAAUUGUUGGGCUUCAUGUUGAGCUGCGGCAAACAUUAAUGUCUGUAAGUGCGAACUGCCACUCAAUCGAGCGUUUGUGUUUCGAGUCUUCUAAAACAGGUAGAGAUGACAGCUUGAAGACGCAAACCUGCCUUGAGCUAGUAGACAAUUGUCCUCAUCUAACUUCUUUAUCUCUUAGAGGGUUUAAGCUACAUGAUUAUAAAGUCCGUGUACUGGUUAAGGGAUUUCAGAAACUGAAAUAUGUUGACUUUUCAACGUCCUACUCAAUCACUGGAAGCUUCUUGAGAAGCCUUGGAAGCUGCAUGGGUGGGAAUUUGCUUGAGGUCUUAAUUUUAAGGGAUUGUAUGCAUUUGAAAGAGGUGGAAGUUGCUAGGUUUCUGACAGCAAUUCUUGCAGGAGAUUUCAAAUUUCUACUACGUCUUGAUAUAUCAAACAAGGAGGGCUUAGCAUCUGAGGGUGACUGGUAUCACAGGUGCUUCAACUCUAGUAUUAUGCCUGUAAAGCAGGUUUUGGAAGCAAGGCCUGAUAUAAAUUUGGUGGCCGAAUAUCCAGCUGAAGGAAGUUACAAUGAUUCAUUUGAUACUGAUAUGAACAGUGAGAUAAGUCUGCCAUCACAACUGAGCUCCCAUAAUUCAGAUAGGUCAAUUUUUCUGAGUACAUCUGAAAGCAGCUACAAUAGUGAUCAGGGCAGCGGGAAUGAAGAUGGCCAAGAUGCCAGCUAUGUGAUUUAUGAGGAAAGUUCAGAUGAGAUAGACUUCUUGUCCUUGUAGGGAAUGGUCAUCCAUGUGGUAUUAAUAAAAAAGGACAAACAAUUUGUGGUUUUGGGGAGCAGCAGAUAAGGCGGAUAUGGCAGAAUACCAGAUAGUGAACAAUGGACAGUGAUAUUUUCUUCAACUUCCAUUUUGACCUUGUAUUGAUUGAAGUCUAUUCCUGUGGAAUGUUCAACCUGGAAGAAGAUUGGAGGUUGGUAUCGAUUUAUCAGCUUUAUUGGGCCUUUAUCUCCUUUUUCGGAGUUGGUUCCCCAUUCUCUCUCCCCCUAAAUGGAAUUUGCUCCAUUCCAUAUCUAUGGUUUUAUUUUUCAUUUUUUUCCCCUGAAGAAAAAGAAGCAUUCUAAAUUUUUAAAAUAUUUUCUACCAUGUAUUUUGUGGCUUUCCAUACUGUGUCUACUUGCCAACACUGCAACUACAACCAGUGUGCCUGUAAACUACAUAUAAUGACAUCCCAUACUCAAAUCUUGCAAAUAAGUAACAGUUUAUCUAAGACAGACAAUAAUCAUAUGUAUGUGCUAUACUAUUGCCAUCUCCAAAUGGCCAAACAGGAUUAGAAAAAUCUUUGAUCCCGGCAUGUAGGAUAUAGUAAUGUCUGUUAUAACGCAAUCCUGAAUUAACAAUUAAGUGUAUGAGGUGCUUAAAACGUAUUUCAACUAGAUUAUAACCCAUAUUGUACGUGGAGAUGGGGUCUGAUAUUAAAAUUGUAAUACCAUUACAGUUUUGAGAAUUUAUAAUCCUGCUAUUGUUAUGAUCAGCUGCGUGAUACUUAGUUAUGGUAAACGAAUUAUAUGAUAUUGGUGAUUAAUUUUUUGCGAGCAAUGAUAUACUCUCCCACCUGUGUCUUGACUAAGGUUGCAGAACAAAAAUUGAGAGAUGAUUUGAUCAUCUCAAAUAACAAAGGAAAAUGAUCUUGUUAACGUGGGUUUUA